CGACUGCGAUUGAGGCAGAAGGCAUACCAAAUUAAUCAGCCGCCAACAAAGAUAGCUUCUCCCAUCCCUUCAUCCAAACACUCGAAGAAAACUCCAAACCCAAACCCCAAGACAAAGCAUCCCGUCUAUCUCUAUCUCUCUCUCAACACCAGACAGUGACCCAUAAAUGUCUCGAUUUAGUGCUAGGAGGUUCUGACCUCUUUUUUUGUUUGUUUUUCAAAAUCCGGGUUUUGGGUUUUGAAGUGUGAUUUCAAUGGAAAAGGAGUUGGGAUUAGAUGGUUUAGGAGAUUUAGCUCUCCACACGAUUUUAUCAAAGUUAACUCCUUCAGAUACUGUUAGAGUAUCAUGUGUCAGCAAAAGGUAUAGAGUUUCAGCUUCUGAAGAUUCGCUUUGGGCUCACUUUUGUUCCCAAGAGCUUCAUCUUGCAUCCCCUCAAGAUCAUCAUGGAAACCCUCUCCCUUCUUUUAAGGUGACUUAUCAGUUAUGGCGAGAGGCUUUCUCGAUGUAUCCAUGGCCGCUUGUUAUGCGUGUUAAGAGAUGCUGGGAUAAGCUUAAGCAAUGGUUGAGCAAUAAUUUUCCCGAGGCUGAAGCUACACUUAGAAGGGGUGCAUCAGAAUCUGAUAUCGAACAAUUGCAGACGCUUUUGAAAGUAAAACUACCUCUUCCCACUCGACUUCUAUAUCGUUUUCACGACGGUCAAGAUCUGAGAGACUCGAGGACAGCGCCUGGUAGCUCGUUGGGAAUUAUAGGUGGCUACUCUUUCUAUACCAAUUCAGUUAAUGUUUUCUUGUUACCGAUAAGUCAGGUUAUUGUUGAAACGAGAGGCUUCAUACGUCACUUGGGUUUUUCGAGCCGGUCCAAGUACAUCCUCGUGGCUGCUUCUUCCACUGUUAGUGAGAAAUUGUUUUUCUUGAACUCUACCAAUGGACAACUUUAUGUUGGUACCCGAAACCUUCCUAUGGAUGGAGAAAUGAUUCAAUGUGUCCCCAAUGCACUUAUCCGUUCCGUUCACAAUUUGCAUGAUGAUCAGCAGCAAGAUGCUUUGCUGCUGUGGUUAGAGGAACACGGACGCCGUUUAGAGAACGGCGUAAUCAAAGUCCGCAAAGAAGGAGGUGUCCGAAGUAUCAAUCUCUUUCAGGUUCCUCCCCUAUGUUCCACUGCUGUAACAAAUGGUGUGCAGGUUCGUGCUUCGGCUGUUUUUGUUCCGGAAUUUGCUGACCUGCAAGGUGAAGCCGAGAAGUACACGUUUGCUUAUUCAAUCCGCAUGUCGCUAUUGCCAGAAGGAUGUAUCAUUAAUGGAACGACCUUUGGCUCCUGCCAACUGAGUCUGAGGCACUGGAUUAUUCGUGCCAAUGAAGAUAUUGUAUCUAAUGUUAAUGGAGAAGCUGUGAUUGGAAAGUUCCCAAUCUUGCAUCCCGGUGAAGAUGAAUUUGUUUACGAGAGCUGCACCCCUUUAUCAUGCCCUUCGGGAUCCAUUGAAGGGUCUUUCUCAUUUGUCCCUGGCAGGUUGGCUGAUCCGAAAGGCGGUCCGUUCGAAGUUCAAGUGGCAAGGUUCCCGCUUCAGAAGCCGGAUUAUGUUUUUUGAGAAAAACUUGUGCUUUGAUCUGCUUUCCUGUUGAUUUCACAUGUAUUAUAUGUUAUUGUUACAUAUUUGUAUGUGUGUGUGUGUGCUCUUUA